AUGGGUGGCGGUGGCCUUGGCGGCAUGGGUGGCGGUGCCCUUGGCGGCAUGGGAGGCAUUGGUUGCUUCGGAGCUACCAUGGGCAACAUGGGUGCCAUGGGUGGAUUUGGAGCUACCAUGGAGACCAUGGGAGGCAUGGGUGCCAUGGGUGGCUUUGGAGCUACCAUGGGGACCAUGGGAGGCAUGGGUGGCUUCGGAGCACCUCCGGGCGGCAUGGGCGGCAUGAGUUUUGCGUCUCUCAUGGGAGGCAUGGGAGCACCUCCGGGCGGCAUGGGCGGAAUGUCUUCCAGUGUGCCUCACACACCUUCGCAUGAAGAUGCCGUUGAAGAUCUUGCCAACACCUUCUGA